CUCCCGACAGGCCCCCCAAGCCCCUCUAGCCACCGACUCAUUUCUUUGAGAAAAUUGGUGACCAAGCCUGGGAUUUUCUCUUCCUUUUCUUGUUCUUGAACCCAGAAAUCCCACCCCUUUGUUGGAAACUCCAGAUCUACUCUGCUCUUCUCCCCUGUCCGUCGGCUUCAGCUUGUGGGUUUGAAAUUUCUGGGCAUUUUUCGCCGCGAGUUCCCCUGCAGAAUUUCUUCUUCUCUGCCGCCGGCUUUUUCCCCCCUGCUAGGCUCGGUUUUGCUUGCUAAAUUAUGGUAAGUUGCCGGCUUUUCCAAGCUUAAAAUUACCCAUUUAAUUGCUGGGUUUUGUCCAUUAGUAGAUGCUCUGUGUUGUCCGAAUCUGCUGGGAUAGGGGAUGAAUUUGGCAGCCCUUUUAAAUGUGUUUUAAGCUUGAUUAGGUAGAAUUUAGCUUGAAUUAGCCGCUGUGAUGUUUUGUGUGAGAAAUCCCGUGUGUGUGAGUUGUGAUUUGCCAAAGUCAUGCCCUCCAUGUGCUGCCCGUGAGAUUGGGGAAAUUUUGGUAGCUUUAAGCUAUGUUUUAAGUGUGGUUUAAGUAGGAAAUUAGCUUGAAUUGGGUUGUUGUGAUUUUGGAGAAAAAUCCCGUGAGAUUAGUUAUUGUUUCACCAAUUUCGGAAGUUGAAGUCACUGUUCACGGGCACCGUUCACACACCGAGGGUUAACAAUUAACGAGGAUUUAAAGGUUUAGUUUGUGAUAUAAGAAUGAAUUUGGAGAUGUCCGGUUAUGUGGAGAUUGAUAGAAAUAGCACUGUGAUUAGGGAUAGUGCUGAUGAUGAUUUUACUGUGAAUUUGUGGUUGUGCAGUAUUAAUUAUGGAAUAUUGUGAUUAGGUUUUGAUCGUUCUGUCACCGUAGCACUUGGUUUAGCCUUCUGUUCUGUGCGAGUGAGGAAGUGAAACCGAGGACGGGGAAACCACGGGAAGUGACGAGUUAGAAGGCUAGCCAUUUCGAGAUUGAGCAUAGAUUUAGAAAUAAAUCAUGAUCUUGUAUUUGGAGAUUUUAUUGGAGAUUUAUGAUAUCAGAGAGAUUUUAUAAUUUGAUCUUCAGAUUUUGAUGGUAUUAGUUGUGAUUUGAAUAAGUUUCGAGCCUUGUG